CUCCUCUGGCGUCGGCCCGGUCGCCUCCACAUCAUUCCAGCUAUGAGUCUUCCGCGCAAUCGUCCGUUGCAGCACCGGCCGCCAGUCUUCGUGCACCAGUGCCGAGAGCUCUUCCAGCUCCGAACUUACGACCGGCCGACUUUCGACCACGCAGACGUCGUCCAGACACUGCAACUCACAAUCCGUCUC